UCUCCCAUUCCCACUCUCCGACGUCGGAACUCCAUCGAAGCAUCUUCCGCUUUAAUGGUCCACACCAAAGACCACCACCCUUCUUCCACCUCCACCACCACCACCACAUCUAAUUCUUCCGCCGAUUUCGAGCUGCUAUCUCUCAAACCAGCUUCCUAUACCUCCCUCCGCGACAUCCUCCCAUCCACACCCGCCGUCGUCCAGUCGCCCAAAGUCUCCUCCUCCGCCGUCCGUUCGGGUUACGAGAUUCCGAUCCGAAACCGACUAGUGAAACAGGCCGCCUGGGCAUACCUCCGACCCAUGUCCACCUCUCCCGACUCCGGUGGAUCCACCAUCUUCCACCGCCUCUGGAACCGAUUCUCCGAUGCUUGCCUCCGUCUCGUAACCCAAAUCUUCGAUUGUCUGCUCCAGUCUACUAUUCAACUUAGAACUACCACCUCCCGAUUAUAACCAAC